AAUUAAUAGGCAUAAAUGAUUGACGUGAAGCAUUCAAUGGAAACGUUGGAGGAUGUCCGCUGAAACUGUACACCUUUCAUUUUCCAAACCCGAUUUUAGACCCUCUUUUUUCAUUUUCAUUUUCAUUUAAUUAAUUAAUUGCAUAAUUAAUUAAUUAUGCAAUCGGUUGCCAUCAACUUCCGCUUCAACGUGAUAAUCCGUGAUCUCGCAUGGCCGCGUGUUUCCGGUCGGCGGCGGUGACGCGGAAUAGCGAGGGACCCUUAUCUUCCCCGCAUCUGAUUCUUCCCUACGUAAUAUCUAUCCUUUAUUAGUCCCCAACUGCACGCCAUUAUUGAUCCUUUAAAAAAAAUCCAUCUUCACAUAAUAUAUACAGAAAAAGAUCGAUCAAUUCAAAACAGAAAGGUGUGAAACUGUGAUGUGAACUAUGCCCAGGUCGGUAAAUGUCUUCAACAACCCAAUCCCAGAGUUAUAAAGGGUUGACUUGGGCCCGCUUAAUCAACACAAUCUCUGUAUAUAAUACAAACUGACCCUCUGUUUUCUUCCUACAGAUCAGACCAUCCAUUACCAAAGCUCAAUCUCUUUUCUUCCCUUUAAUUUAAUUUCAAGAUACGUUUUUUUUUUAAUAUUUUGUGAUAAUGGGGAGGAAGAAUACAAUGUUGGGGUUCCUUCCGGCCUUGCUCAUGAUCAGUUAUCUGUUCAUAAUGGGGAGACCUCCCAUGGCUAUGGCGGCAACGAAGGCUAAUAUGGUCACAGUUCUAAGUGUGGAUGGGGGAGGAAUAAGGGGGAUAAUUCCAGGGACCAUUCUGGCGUUUCUGGAAUCCAAGCUCCAGGAAUUGGACGGACCAAACGCCAGAAUAGCGGACUAUUUCGAUGUGGUGGCAGGAACAAGCACGGGUGGAUUGGUCACAACCAUGCUUACUGCUCCCAACAACCAAAGUCGUCCCCUGUUUGAUGCCAAGAACAUUACCACAUUUUACAAGGAGAAUGGUCCUAAAAUAUUUCCCGUUAGCAGCCGUAACAAUUUGAACUUAGUGGCCGGGCCAAAGUACAACGGGAAGUAUCUUACAUCUAUGGUGAAAGAAUUGUUGGGAAAUACAACAAUGAGCCAAACAUUGACUUAUUCCAUCAUUCCAACAUUUGAUAUCAAGCGCCUUCAGCCCAUCAUUUUCACAACUUCUGAUGCUAAAACAAAUCCCGCUAAGAAUGCUCUACUCUCAGAUAUCUGUCUUAGUACCUCUGCCGCGCCGACCUUUUUUCCGCCUUACUAUUUUGAGACUAAAAAUGUGACCGGAGGCGUGAAUAGCUUUAAUCUUGUCGACGGAGGACUUGCUGCCAACAAUCCGACUAUGAUGGCCAUAACCCUUCUCUCAAAGGAAAUUAUGAUGGGAAACUUUCAAUUUCAAGAUAUGCAAAGAAUUGAUACAAAGAGAAUGUUAGUUUUGUCAUUGGGGACGGGAACCGCAAAGAACGAAGAGAAGUAUACUUCUACCUCAGCUUCAACUUGGGGUUCGCUCGCAUGGGUGUUCAACAAUGGUCACACUCCAUUGAUAGAUAUAUACGGGGCUGCUAGUGCCGAUAUGGUGGACAUUCAUGUUUCAACCAUGUUCCAAGCUCUCCGCGACGAGAAAAACUAUCUUAGGAUUCAGGAUGAUAUGCUCACGGGGACAACAUCAUCGGUGGAUGACGCGUCUGCGAAAAACAUGGACUUGCUUGAACAGAUUGGCAAUGAUCUUUUGAAAAAGCCAGUUUCCAGAGUCAAUUUGGAUACUGGCAAAUUUGAAGCAGUUCAAGGGGAAGGCACCAAUGAAGAAGCUCUCACUCGCUUUGCUAAGCUACUUUCAGAUGAAAAGAAGUUUAGAAGAACCAACUGAAAACAGAAAACUUAAACAAAAUUUCUCAACUCCAAUUGUUCGAAUUUUCUGAACAUGUUGUGUUCAAUAUAUUUUGUUUCUCUAGAAGAAAAGAAAUGCAUAAUGACUCUUGAAUAAGUACUAGUAUAUGAUAUGAUAACAAAUUAGUACAUAUUCUACUUGGAAGCAUCUUUCCGAUUAUUUGGUUCAUAUGGUUCUUUGAGUACUUUUUUAAUUUACAUUUUCUUCAAAUCAUGAAAUUCAAUGGCGUGUUUCUAAGUU